GGAUGGUGGGAGGGUUGAAGAUUGCGAUAGCGCUACUGCUCAUGCUGCUGAUGAUGGUGGCGGCAGCUGUUGAGUUCAGAGGAAGAGGAGAAACCCUCAACGACCAUCCCCACAAGAAAGCCUGCUUUGCACCUUUAAAUGACAGGACCGAGCAGAAAGGCGGUUCUCGUCGUGCUGCCCUAGCAGCCAUUCUUUCUGGUUCGGAGCCUCACCAUGGCGCUCAGAGAGCUCGGGUUGACAAGCUCGACCUUAGGGACCUCAGGAUCCCGCACAUGAACAUCAGGAAGAAGUGAGUGCAGGAAGUCUCAGUGAGCCUCUUCAAGGCGUCUUUGAGUUCUCAAGUUACGAUCGUUAACUUGUGAAUGAAGGGAGUGUAAAUUACACCUUC